UGUUUGUCAGACUGUUUCACCCCGAGGCGACGCAGUCUUACAAUAGAACGUGACAGUGAUGCCGUUUGCACUCAUGUUGCCGGUAACGUUAGACCACCAAUGAUCCAGCGUAGUGCUGGACUAUAUAAUAUGAAAUGGAAGUGAAGAAGUUACGCAUUUUACUGCUGAUAUUAAUAGGUUUUACUUGCUUGGGUAUCAUUAGGUUAACGACUCUAUAUGAAGAAUUAGUUCCAUCCAAGUUAUACAAAUUGGGAACGCAAACUUCCGCGUAUGGAUCGGUGACAAGUGCUGGCGAAAUACCAGUCGAAUACUUCAGACUGGAGCCACAACACCGUAUUGAAUGGCAUCAGGUUCUCAAGUUUAACUUUUCUGUAGAACCCGAUACAAAUCGUCGAAGAAUUCCAACACGAUUUUGGAUAAAUUCUCUUCAAGAAGUCAACCACGAUCUUGACUUUGUUUUAACUCCAAGAGCAACAAAAUGCCGCCCAGAUACUCAGGUUCUCAUUUUGGUAAAGAGUGCAGUGAUGCAUAUCGAACAAAGAAAAGUAAUUCGUAAAACCUGGGGUAGCGUCAAGAACGUGGAUAAAUAUGAGAUUCGCAUUUUAUAUUUGCUCGGAAAGAUGCGGGAUAAUUCACAAACCUUAGAAAGCCCUCUUCUAACAAAUGAGGCAGAAGAAUACGAUGAUAUUGUGAUGGGAAAUUUUAUCGAUGCAUACACAAACGUUACCAAGAAAUCUUUACUAGGAUUAAAAUUUUUUUAUGAAUUCUGCAGAGGAGUUGAGUUUGUAAUGAGCGCAGACGAUGAUAUUUUUCUGAACACUACUGAGAUGAUAACUCAGCAUUUUUCAAAGCUCACUCAUCCAGCAUCACAAAUUCUGCAAUGUGGACUCCGCACAGUGAAAUAUGCUAAGGUGAAGCGAAACGGCAAGUGGUCCAUAGAAUACGAAAAAUACAAUCGACCAUUCUACCCUCCAUACUGUCUUGGACCAUGUUUUUUAAUGUCAGUAGAUGUCGCCUUGGCAACUUAUGAAGCAUCUUUUCAAACCCCUACUGAUAUAUCAAUAGACGAUGCGAUGAUUACUGGUAUACUCAGAGAAAAGAUUGGAAUCCAAUUGUCUAGCAUGCGUAAAGGUGUUUGCGUUCACCUUUCAAAUUCUGAUCACGUGAUUGAUAAACUUCUCAAAGCGUGGAAUGGAACGUUCUGAAUUCAUUUGCAUCAGUCGAUACCGGAAUUCUAACCAGCUGUCUAUACUGCUGCACAAUAUCCUUAUGAUGAUUUGACCCUUCAAGUGACAUUUGGGACUCUGUAUCCAUUUUUCGAAUUACAACAGUUCGAAUAUUGCCCGAAUAUGUUAUCGCACUGUGAGAUUUUUUGUCAAAUAAAAAAUAUAUUUGUAUACUGUAGCACAAGGCUGCCCAACCCGCUGGACUGUAAUUUGCGGCCCGUAAGUGAGUUUGUAAAUAAAUAAAUGUAAAUAAAGUUUGUAAGCAGAUUUUUUAUUUUUAUUCUAUGUUAUAUAUCAAUAUAUAGGCUUAAGUAUGUUUCUGAUUUUGAUGUGAUUAUUUCUGCCAUCGAUCUACAUUCAAAUGCCGGUUCUUAUCAUUACGUAUGUGUCAAGUCUUGUACCCUGGUGGACAUCGACGUCAGUUUUUUAUUUCUCGCCGAACUGAGCGUUCUGUUCGAGGAACUCGAAAUAUAUUGUGCGAUCAUUGAGAACGAACGCUGAGCGCAAUUAUAGGAAUGAAUUUGGAUCCUGAAUUUGAAAAUUAAUUUCAAUCUGAUUGUUUUUUACGUGUCUGCUUCGAUCGUCUUUAUUGCCUAACGUUAAAUAAAAAGUCAACAAUAUCUUUGGUACUUACUGGUCCAGGGACUCGUUGUCCUUUAUGUUUGUAUUUUUUUAUUUAAUGUUUGGGUUAAAUAAGAUUUCGGAAAUCGCCACUGUCUAUCCGUCAAUAUUUCUAAUGAAAUGACUUAAUGAAAACUUAAUGCACGGCAUAUUUGUUACAAAUCAGUAUAUAUAGACUAUUAGUCCAGAAACCUUUGUAAUGUUACUUCAUUAAAUACUUGUAUUGGUGUUUUAAAUUGCACGAAACUGCCCACUUAAACUUGAUAUUCCCGCGACAUUGGCGCACAUUAUGCUCAUUUGAACAUUGAGGCAGUAUCAUAGCUAUACUUAAAAAAAAAAGAAUACUCGAAUAUAACACUCAAUUUCCACGUGAUGUGUGUGUUCUCGUGUGGUCGUCAAAAAACCGCAAGUGUCAAGUCCACGCCCCGUGUUACCAGAUAUUCGAAUAGUAACCUGCUCUUCUAUUAUUCGAAUAACUUGCCUGCCCUACUCAGUAACCAGAAAGCAAUUAUUAAAUUGAUUGAUUUUAUGUUAAUAAAUUUGGCUUUUAUGUA